AUGCUAUUGUUUCUGGGAGAAAUGGACUCUUUACAAACAAGUUCGACGGAGAAUAAUAACAGCACGGGCGCAGGGACAACAGCGACAGCGGCGACAGCAGCAGCGGCGCCCACCGCAGCGACCACAGCAGCAGCAGCAGCUGCUGCUGCUGCUGGUCUGCACGGGCAAGAAGACAAAAAACAAGAGCAUCAUCACCAUCACCAGCAUCACCAUCUUCUGCAGCUUCAGCAGCAGCAGCAGCAGCAGCAGCUCCAGUCGCACAUUCAAAUGCCAUCCGGUACGUUGGAGCCGCCGGUGUCGAAGCCUACGACAGUACCCCACAACACGCCCAUAAUAUCGCCGAACGAUAGCCCCCGUGGGCGGGAGGAGGGCGUAGCUGCAUCGUCGCGGUCGUCAGGUUCUUCCUCGCCUUCUGGGGCGGCCGCCGCCGCGGCGGGUUCGCUGGGCUAUUUGCCGCCACGGACCGUGGCGGCACGCCGUGCCGCGCGACAAGACGAGGCGGGCACCUCGGCGGCUGUGCACGUGAGCGCGGGCUAUCCGCCGCUGGGGCUUGGCUACAGCACUCCCACGCGGCGGGUGAAGCUGCCUGCCAUCUCGUCGCUGCUAGCGGCUGCGCAGCCGGGCCUCGGCGGCGGCGGCGACGACGGCGGCGGCGGCUGUGCAAAGGAACCGAUCUCCAUCCUCGACCGCGGGUCUACGUUUGUUACCUCUGAUUCGCGUGGGGCUGGGGGGAAUUUUCUGCGCACGCCUGUGGACAAGAUCACGUGUGGGGGCGCCAAAGCGGCUGCCGCCGACAGGAUGCAUCAUGGGCGGCGUGGCGAUGGCGAUGGCGAUGGCCACAGUGCUGGAGGCGCUGGGCCCUCUGCCGCCGCCGUGGACGGAGGCAAAGACACCGGCAGUCGCAGUGGCAGUCGCAGUGAGGGUGACGGCGGUGAGGAUGCUGAGGACGCUAAACACAGCCACCGCAGCGGCGGUGGCAGCGGCAGCACGGGCUCCGACCGCUGCAAUGGUGACGGUUGCUCGCUUUCCAGUCUGGAUGCGAACACCGCGCUGACUCCAAAACGUCUACAUUUCAACAACAGCAGAGAUCUCAUCGAUCCGUACACGUCGGAGCAGCAGCUGUCAGGCGUGAAAAUAAACAUCACCUCGCUGCUAAACUCACGUGGCGGCACAGGUGAAGACCCCUAUUCGCUGCACGCGGGCGGCGACUUUGCCCUGCCGGUUUCGGCGACUAACCAUCUGCUGUCGAUCGCGCCGACGAGUAAAUCUUCGGUCGCGGGCGGUGUCUCGUUCCCCACCCACCCUCCUACAUCUACGGGGCAGCUGCCGCCGCCAUCUUCUGCCUCCUCCUCCACGCAUUUUUUGGAACCCUUUUCUAAUGGACUGAUACUCGACAACGAGUCAUCUCAGCACCAGCACCAGCACCAGCACCAGCCUCCCGCUCCUCCGCAAGAUCCUAAUGCGCCCCCCACUGCUGUUUCGCAAUCCCAGCGGCAGUCUAAGUUUAUCAAUUCCAAAUUUGACGACAUGCGUCAGCGUCUCCUUCUCUCAAAGCCUGACACAAGGGAUGACGAGCUCGGUGCGGCAGCCAUUAUAUCACAAAUGCGCUCUUCACCGUACCAUACGGAUUUUUCGAGCGCAGAAGCAAAUAGUAGGCCCGUUUCUUCCUCGUUGACACUUCAAAGAUCAUUGAAACCCGUGGUUCAAAUUCUUCAGCGUGAAAAUGGUGCUUUGGUUAAGGAAGAAGAGCCCAGUAAUGACCAUGCGCUCACCGAUGAUGAACUGCUGAGCUCUGGCGACGACGACGGUUUCGGUGAUACAAUCACCUGGAAUAAAGGUGGCAAACGCCAAGUAUCCCGACGCAAAUCGGCGCCAAUAUCCGCAGCGGUUCCGACAACCGCUUCAUCGGUUGCCUUCAAGGCAAGGAAUAAGCGUAGAAGAAGGUCAAGUGGUCAAUCAAGCAUGGAGUCGCUACUCUCCGCAGCAGAGAUGUUGGAAAUGGAUGCAAAAUCUAAACGGGGCAAGAAAGGAUACCGUCAUCAGUCACUUCAUUCUACAGCAGACACCGGCAGACCUUCAGUGGCACUUUCUUCUUCUUCAUUCAAUGUAUCUGAUCCUACUGAUAAAAAUGGAUCUGACCGGAAACGAGCUACCAAUAAAUUCACAACUAACGUCACAUCGAGGUACGACGUCGAUGCCUCCAAUAAAAAAAAGGCUGGCGCAGGAACCAGAUCAAGAACAGGCUGUUGGAUAUGUCGUCUAAGAAAGAAAAAGUGUUCGGAGGAACGCCCAAACUGCAGCAACUGUAUCAGAUUGAACUUGGAAUGUGUCUACGAUAUCAUAAAGCCCGAUUUCAUUUCCGAUCCAGAUAAAAAGAGCGAAAAGUUGGACGAAAUUAAAAGAAGGACUAAAGAGGCCAAACGAAUGGCCAUGAAGAAAAAGGAAUGGUAG